AUGUUAGGUAGACAAAGAGUAACACUACCAAAUUCCCCCUCCAAUCGCCGCUCCAACAGUUACCCGAAACAAACCCACCGUUUAAAAGUCUCAUGCAAUGUGGCACCCGAAGAGAAUGAGAAGUUACUCGUAGUCCCUGAAACCCAAAAACUUAUUCUCCCUAAAACAUCUCUCGACGUCAACACACUUAAUGUGGACCGGAGGAACUUGCUCCUCGGCCUCGGCGACCUUUACACCACCGUCAACUUCACCUCCAUUCCGGCAGUGUUUGCCAAACCAAUCACAACCCCUAACAUCUCCUCAUGUCGUGCCUCAACCGAUGGUUUCGACCUAAAGAGCGCCAUAAGAACCAAUGCAUGUUGUCCACCUAAUUUGUCAAAAAAGGUUAAAGAUUUUGUGUUCCUUAGUGACAAAAGUCUUCGGAUUAGAAGAGUGGCACAUAAAGCCCCUGAAGACUACAUUGACAAGUACAAAGCAGCACUCAAAGCGAUGAGAGCUCUACCAGACGACCACCCACAUAGUUUCGUUUCACAAGCUAAAAUUCAUUGUGCUUACUGUAACAGCGAAUACACUCAAAUCGCGACUGGUAACUCUGAUAAGAUUAUUCAGAUUCACAACUCAUGGCUCUUCUUUCCUUUCCACCGUUGGUACUUGUAUUUCUACGAGAGAAUCCUCGGGAAGUUAAUUAACGAUCCCACUUUCACUAUACCUUUCUGGAACUGGGACAAUCCUGCCGAAAUGACUCUUCUGGCAUUCUUCGAAGAUGGAAAUAAUAGAAAAGAAAAGUUAGAAAACCCUGCCUGUGAAGCUUUCCGCAACACCAGCUAUUUCGCAAUUGCGGACCUCAACUAUAGUGGUGAUGAUAGUGGCUUUCCUUGUGCUCAACAGAUAAGCAUCAAUCUUACUCAAAUGAAUAAUCAGAUGACACGUAACGUCCAUGACACACGAAGCUUCUUUGGUGGCAAGUAUGUCGCUGGGAGCGAUCCCAUACCUAAUCGUGAUUCGUCUAUUGGUUCAAUCGAAGUUGUUUGUCACACAACGAUCCAUAGAUGUGUGGGUGACUCAAGAAUGAAUAACAAAGAGGACAAGGGGAAUUUCUACUCAGCUGGGUAUGACCCUGUGUUCUAUGUCCAUCAUGCUAAUAUCAACCGAAUGUGGGUGGAAUGGAUGGAACUUGUUCGUGUCUACAACAAAGACUGUGUCUGUAAUGAUAAGCUAAGAUACGCUUACAAAUUCUCCCCACUCACAUGGUUCAAGAAUCCAACGACUCCACGUACCUUGAAAUCCAAGAUCGCUUUGAAAUCGGUUAGAACUGUAAAUCAAGUGGAGGACACGAAGUUCCCAUUGAAGCUAGACAAAGUCACCAAGGUCCUGGUGGAGAGGCUAGCUACCAACCGAAGCAAAGAGGAGAAGGAGAAAGCAGUUGAGCUGUUGAUGAUUAAAGGCGUCAAGUAUAAUGGCGGAAAGUAUGUCAAGUUUGAUGUGUUUGUGAAUGAUCAAGAUGAUGUCAGGGCAAGCUCUGCAGAAGAGAGUGAGUUUGCAGGUAGUUUCGCACAGUUGCUACAUAGCCCUUGUGACGACAUGUUAAUGACGAGUGGUGCAAGGUUCAGGUUAACUGAUCUUUUGGAGGACAUUUAA